CUGACUGGCUGAUGCAAUGGCUGAUGCAAUCUUCACUGUAGAAAUUGUUUACAUGUUUUAAUUUGUGAUAAUUUUAUAUUACUCAGCUUUUUCGAAAGUGUUAACUUUGGUGCUAAAGGCUACUUCAAAAACGGGAAAUCUGUGAGAAAUUUGUGCGAAAAUGGCCGACGAUUAUGAGAAUGUAAUGUUCAAUUGUUGUGAACUAUAGCAUGUUUGGCACGUGAAGAUUUAAUUGAUCACCUACAGUAUAUUAAAUUCAUGAUUGCUGAAGAUUGUUUGUGUGUUUAGGCUUUUGAUCCAAGCUUGAAGAAAAAGAAGAAAAAAGUUAGAAAGAUCGUCGAUUUAGAUGGUUCAGAAGAGCCAGUUGAAACAGCGAAAAGCGAAGAGCCAUCUGUAAAUGAAAAUACAUCUGUAAAUGAAGAUACAAACAAAGAGAAUGAAGCAGUUCAGGAUUCACAAGAUAAGGAUGUUGGUGAGUUUAGAGGCUGGUUUUCAUUAGUUGGCAAUACUAGCCAAUGUUGAUUCUGUGAUCGUCGGCAAGCGUCUAUCGUAAUUUGUGUUGCUGACUGUCAUGAUAAAUAAAAAAUUGUUUUGUUGCGACAGUCGGCAGUAGUCGCAGACACUCUGCGAGAGUAAAACAAAUGAAAUAUCGGCACAGAGUAGAGACAUACAGAGAUGUUACUGACUGUCGUAAACACUGCAGAAGAUUGCGUCACAGAAUAGAUACCGGACCAGAAGUGUCACUCCUAUUUGUUUUGGCUGAAGGAAAACGUCCGAAAUUUUUUUGUGUGCUAUGACGCCAUCCUGGAGUGCACCCGGCACUUUGUACCUAUGCUUUUCUAUGAAAAACUUCCUUGUGCACUCCAGGAUGGCGUCAUAUGAUGGCGUAUUUUCAUGUCAGCACUCGUAAAAUUUCGGACAAAAUAUCGUCUGAGUGACACUUCUGGUCCUGUAUCUAUUCUGUGAUUACGUUAUCAUGUACCACUUUUUCAGGCGACUGGGCGAAAAAGAUCAACUGCGCGUGCUCAGCAAGUUUAAAGUGAGUCGUCAUCAGGUCGUCAUCCAAUCAGAUGCAUGCAUCUAGUAACUUGCCGAGCAUGUGCACAAAAAAAGUGGGUACACUAGUUACGUCUCUGUAUGUCUCUACUCUGUGAUAUCGGCGACGGUCUUAGCACUUUUACCUCGGUCCCAGCCCUCUUACCGUACAAACUUUGAAGUUCUCGCAAAAUCACAAAAUCAAAGAAAAUUGCUGACAAACUACAAUAAUGAAAAUUAGCAUAGGCUGUUGUGGUAUAUCGAUAUACUGAUAAUUAUCAGUUUUUUAUAAAUACCAAUUAUUUGAUAUUAAAAUUUUUGAUAUAUCGGAAUAUCAAUAUUUUUCGGUAUUAUAUAUCGAUAUCACAUUUACGUUUGUAUAUUUAAACGUCGUAUCAAGCUUUUUCAAGUGAUUGGAGUUAUUUCAGAAGGACAAAGAUUAUGUUCAGAAAAAUCGUAAUAAUAAAAAGCGAGAGCUAAAACGUGUUUGUUUAUUGGCAUUGGUGUUGCAAGGUGUAAUAUGCAUUUCGCUUGUCAAAAAGUGAACUUUUAGAACGUAAACAACAGUGGAUUACAAAUGUUUCAGAAAAACAAACAGUCUAGGGGGGGGGGGCAUCCCCUCACUUUUUGGACAUUAAUUUGUACACCCAUCUUGUUUUAGGCUGGCGAACAGCCAAUUUCGCCAGCGCUAAGAAGACAUUUGACAGCCAUUCGCCAGAGGCUGUGUGUACGUAAUUCGCUGACAAGUGUUCGGUCAUGCACUCGGACAAUAUACCAAAGAGACAAAGCUUGCAAGCCUUUGCCCACCACUCAACUCACAAUGCCCUUGAAGCUUCGACCUUCCAUUCUUUGCAUACUUGCUUUCCUCAUCAAUUAAUAGCUGGAGCCUCGUGCAGUAGAGCAAAUUAUUAUUAGCCAGGACUUCAAAUGGAUACCUGAAGGGCUGUUUGUAAUAUAAUCUAUAAUAAAUUACGUUGACUAGCUGGCUUUAAAUUUGUCACCCUCUUUUGGAAUGGAUUUUUUGGAAGCUAUUUUGAUGUGUUUUCAAUUGGUGAUUUAAAUAACCAUGUAAUGCACAACACUUUACUUAAUCACAAACGAAUCCAGAACAUUUAAAACGUACUGUAGGAAGAUAUAAAAUUUCCAUUUCAAGAAAGGAAAAUACUGGUACUGUAUUAUUCAUAUGCUUCUACUGGUCAGAAUUUUUCCAAGGGGGAAUUUAAAAGAUGCCAUUACGAUAUUACGAUUCAAUAAGGCAUGUUGCAUCAUACGCAACUUGCCUUAUUGCAUCGUAAUAUCGUAAUGGCAGGUGGUAAUGGUCAGGGCUAAUUUACAUACAAAGCACUUCAGUUGCUUUUACAGUAGAAAUAUUUCUUAUUGUACUGUUUUUGUUUGACAAACUAGAUGAUGAUAUGAAUUUUGAUGAUUUUUCGUCAAUGAAGAAAAAAAAGAAGAAAAAGAAAAAGAAGGGUUUUGAAGAUGGACAAGAAAAUACGGAGGUACUUUCUUAUUCACCAUACUGGCUGUUUUGCUCUUGAAAAAAUACUGAAAAUCAUUAUAAAAAUAACACCAGGGUUCAAAAUAACGAUUCGUGAUUUAUGAAUCAAAUUGUGAUUUUCACAAACCGAGUUUCGGAAAAUUCAUAAAAAAAACACAAACCAACAUUUUGUUAUUAAUUUUAAACAAAUCAUCCUAGCUAUGUUUUUCUUUUUAUAUGUCUGGCAAUGAUGUUCUUGCAAUUACUGUAAUUAAACAAUGAUGUAGUGGUAUUAAAAAUUUGCAUUGAGAAUUUGACAUGCCAAUUUCACUGCAAAAUAUUUUUGCCUUCAGCAAAACAUACAGUAUGUUAGGUUUUAUUCUGCAUUAUGCAACCUGCAUGAAAUAAUUUAUAUGGAGGCUACAAACCUACAAUAAUAUCUUUAUAAUGAAACUCUGUAAAACCGCGUAGUUUUGAAAAUAGGCGUAACAGUCCAUAGAUGGAUUUUCAUAUUUAUUACUGGGGUGGUGCCAGAAAUUUUAGGGGGGUGAGCCGCGAGCAGGUGGCUGAAGCAUAGAUAUAGGAAACCUAGAUUGCUGACUCGGCUCAACCGGCGUGACAUAUUUUGAAAAUCCAAGAUGGCGGCUCAACUGGGCAAAAAUCACAGAGCGAGAUAGGGAAAAACCAUGUUUUUUGCAUUUUGCGUCGUCCUAAAGCUUCCGAUCGCGUUCUAUCACUUUAUUUUGGAAAGAACUAACUAGUGUGAAGGUUUUCGAUGAAAAUUUGUACAAUCAGUACAAUUUUAUACCAUGGUUAAUACAAAUUACGAUUCAACCGGGCAAGAUUGGGCAGGCCUGCAGUUUCGCGCGGUUUUCGUCUUUAGUUUUUUCCUGUGUAUUUCUUCAGUCUUUUACGAGUUUUUCUCAAGUAAUAUUAUAUAUUUCUAACUAUUCCAAAAGCUAUUACUGUUUAUUUUGUUCUUUCAUUGUUAUUUCGACCAAAAUACAGUAUUUUCAUCUGAAAAUUCUAGGGCUUCUAUUCCAUCUGGGUUUUUUUUUAUCGAAAAGAAUGCUUGAAAGUCGGCCAGAAUCGUGUUCAGUGUAUUACUACAAGACAGACGUGGGAUGUUAUUCGAUUUUCCUUCCAUAAGUAAGUCUAUGAAACACACACACAUCACAUAUUUGUACACUAUAAGUCUAUAACUUACAUCAUAUAAACAGAAUAAUAAUAGAAUAAAAAGAAUUUGUUUUGU